CGACCAUUUAGUGAACGGAACGGAAGCCUACAAGCUCGCAGUGCGCAUCCUAGACAACUUUGCACAGAGGUUCCGCGGUGAGAGAUACCCACGAACACGUAGGUGAACGCGAAGUGAAGGUGAAGGGAGGAGAACAGGUUACUCGUGGGAUGGAUGCUGCGGAAUCCUGGCGUGGACGUGGAACGAGUUGCAAAAUUUUCGCAGGUGCCAGCACUCUCAUUAGGGGUACGGCCGACGGUUGACAAAGGCGUUUGUCCGUUUUUGGCGUGUGUCGUUGUUUCGUUGUUUCAUAUUCGUUGUCUUUGCUUUUUUUGCUGUGGUCUUGUGCUUUGUGAUGUUCUCUGCUUUCAUCAUGCUCUCUUGUUGUGGUUUUGUUUCUUAUGUUCUCUGCUUUCAAGUCACACACAUGCUCUCUUGUUCUGGUUUUGUUUCUCGAACGUUGACGUUCACUGUUUUGUGUACUUGAUUAUACCAUUUGCUCUCUUCAAGUUGCUAUAACCUUCAACAUGUUCCUUCCGAUUGGUUACUCUCCUUUUGCAUGGGCUAACGUCUUACGAACUUCUGCGUACAAUGAGACCUGUGAAAUUCUGAUCUAUAGUCCUAUGAAUCAUAACCAUGCUUCCAUGAGGA